CGAUUUGUUAUCGGUCUAAAAGCACUCGUAGCAGUCGGUCAGAUAUUCUGGCAUAUAUUUUUGGAUUCAAAUUCUGGUGCCUACGAUGAAGGUGCACUGUUGAAAACCGGUAAAAUACAAGAGUACGAGUGAGCAAAGACUUGGACCCAAUGGAGAUGCAACUGGGGGCGACGCUGCAUGUGUACCAGGGGGAGUACGGACUGCCGUCCAUUGAUUUUGAAUGUUUACGUGCGCUGUGCCUUCUCCGUUUCACUCGCUGUCCAAUGGACGUGCAGACCAACUCAAAUCCCCUGCGAUCGGGAGCAGGAAAAUUACCGUACUUGCAAAUCGGCAACGAGAAGUACGCGGGCUACAGGAAAAUCAAGCGCGUGCUCGAUCUCGAGGGUUACCCGAUCGAUGCGCAUUUAAACACCAAACAAAAGCAUUUGUCCACCGCCUACGCGAACUGGGUGUUUACCAAUCUGCACGCCUACUACCACUACUUCCUGUAUGGAGAGCCCCACAACUUUGAUACGACCACACGGGGUCUUUACGCAAAGCGCACGCCAUUCCCCUUUAACUUCUACUAUCCUUCUUCCUACCAACGAGAAGCCUGCGACGUCGUCGAGGUGAUGGCCGGCUUUGAUGUAAACGACAAGAUGAGCAAGCACGAAAGCGACUAUCUUGUUGUCAACGCCAAAAAAGUUGUGAAUUUGCUGUCGCGGAAAUUAGGCCGCAAGGUUUGGUUUUUCGGCGACAUCUACAGCGAGUUUGAUGCCAUAGUCUAUAGCUAUCUGGCCAUCAUCUUCAAAAUCUCACUGCCCAGCAAUCCACUGCAAAACCACAUUAAAGGCUGCCAGAACCUGGUGAACUUUAUCAACCGCAUCACAAAGGAUGUUUUCCGAAGCGAAGGCUACAGUUCCGUGAAGCUCACAAAGACUCCAAGUGGUACGGAAGCGAGUCUGACAGCAUCAGAGCGCAAGUUUUUAGAUUCCGAGCUAAAUACAAAGAUCGUGGCCGGCGUGGGAGCAGUUUUGGCAAUGGGAGCUUUUGCAGCAUGGCGCGGCAUUUACAACCAGCUAACAACGCGCUCCUCGACGGACUACGAUGGCAUAGAUUAUGAGGACGACGAGCUGGAGGAGGGCAUUGAGUAAUAACGCCUCUGCAAUGAUAUCUAUGUAUAGUAUAUAUUUUAAAAUACAAUGAGGGAAUGAAGCACAAAAACUGUCCAACUUUUAAAGUUUUGCGUUAGCAUUUUGAGUGGUCGAUUUAUUUGGUUAUACAUUUUUUAAUUGAAUACACGGGUUAUUUUAAAAACACUUCUUAAUGGCGAAAAAAUAUUACCUGAGUUUAACUUUCAACAAAAUAUAUAGUCGUUAGAUGGCUUUCAUUUAAAUUCGACCCACUCAAAAAUGCGUAUUCGAUGUAUGUUACAUUUAAUUCGCAUUCGUUUUUAAAAUGUCUUGUAUAAUAUAGCAUUUUAAAGUCACCGGAGCAUAAUAAAAAGUAUGGCUGACUUGUAUGGGAGAAGACAACAAAAA